AUGCCAUCGAUGAAGCGGCCGUCGUCAUCCACAGAGGCAGGGCCCAUCAAGAAGGCCAAAAAGGUGGCCAGUACAGGCUUCACUGCUCAGAGCAGCAAAGCCCUUCCUCUGGAUGCAACGAUAAAGAGGACGGAGGUUACUUCGUCGUCAGGCCACCUGAACAAGCGCAGCGAUCAGUGCGACGGACUGUCGGUGAGACAGUGCUUGGAACUGAAGUACAGAAAUGCCAAGGGCGAGUCGGUUCCCUAUACUCGCAGCGACCUCCGUUACGAUCUGCAGCAUAA